UUGGAGCCGUUUGUAUUUGGAGAGUGGAAGGCAAAUUGUUUUAGAAUUUCCCAUUUUUGGCUGAAUCCUUAAACUUCCUACCAUUUUCGCUCAAAAUCCCUCCUUUUAAUAGGAAAAACCCGAUCUUUCAGUCACCCCAGAGUGAAAAAGAAAUGGAUUCGGUGAAUCUGGGUUCUUUGGUUCAAUCUUACUCCAUUUUCAACCAAGCUUCCAGAUCCAAGUCUUCUCCUUUACCCAGAUCGUUUCCCUUGAAUCCCUUGAAGAAUCUUUCAUCUUCAACCCCCCAAGUCCGAUGCUUUACAUCUGUUCCUUCGAUUUCAUCGGUCCUUACAAAAGAAGACACCGUCAAGGAAGAGGAAAAAGAGCCUCAAACCCCAAGCUUUGAUUUCAAAUCCUACAUGGUUCACAAGGCGAACUCGGUUAACCAAGCCAUGGAUUCAGCUGUUUCGCUUCGUGACCCUGUUAAAAUCCACGAAGCAAUGCGCUACUCUCUUUUAGCAGGCGGCAAAAGGGUCCGUCCCGUGCUUUGUUUAGCCGCCUGUGACCUCGUUGGCGGCCAAGAAUUCAUGGCUAUGCCCGCCGCAUGUGCCGUCGAAAUGAUCCACACCAUGUCUUUAAUCCACGACGAUCUUCCUUGCAUGGACAAUGACGACCUCCGUAGAGGAAAACCGACUAAUCACAAGGUUUUCGGUGAAGAUAUAGCUGUAUUAGCAGGGGAUGCUCUUUUGGCUUUUUCUUUUGAACACAUAGCUGUUGCCACUGUUGGUGUUACGCCUGGUAGAAUCGUGAGAGCAGUUGGGGAAUUAGCUAAAUCCAUUGGGGCUGAAGGGUUGGUGGCUGGUCAAGUUGUGGACAUCACAAGUGAGGGGCUAACCGAUGUGGGAUUGGAUCAUUUAGAAUUCAUCCAUGUCCACAAAACCGCUGCUCUGCUUGAAGCGGCUGUUGUUUUGGGGGCAAUUCUUGGAGGUGGAUGUGACGAAGAUGUGGAAAAGUUGAGGAAAUUCGCAAGGAACAUCGGGCUUUUGUUUCAAGUUGUGGAUGACAUUCUUGAUGUGACAAUGUCAUCUAAAGAGUUAGGGAAGACUGCAGGGAAAGAUUUGGUUGCUGAUAAGGUCACCUACCCAAAGUUGAUGGGGAUAGAAAAAUCAAGGGAUUUUGCAGAGAAGUUGAAGAAUGAUGCAUUAGAGAUGCUUCAAGGAUUUGAUCCUGAGAAAUCUGCACCCUUGAUUGCCUUAGCUAAUUAUAUAGCUUACAGGCAAAACUAGGCUGCCUAUUGUGUUUUAUUAAAAAAAUAACCAUUAGAGAAAGAAUCAGUUGAGUAGUAUUAAUAGUCUUCUACAAUGAUGAUAAAAGAUGAGAAUUUCCUUAGUGUUGUAAAACUCUCAUCAAAUCCUAGAUUUAAUUGUUGAACUUAUUCAGUUCUUCCUCAAUUGA